AUGAAUACAACUAGGGAAUUAUAUAAGGAGAAAAGCCAUUCCGCUUCAAAGUGUUUAGAAGAUUCUGCUGGGUAUGCAUGUAAUUCAACAACAAACAUCAGUGUCAUUUCCACAGACGUAGCUGCCGGUCCUGACGACGAAAUGAAACUGUCGAGUCUUGUUCCUCCAUUUCUCAAGAAAGGAGGCCGUGUACAGCGCCUGGGACGACUAGGCAAGCGUCGAGAUGGAGAGAAGGACAAGCGCACAGCCACUGGGAAUAAUGGUGGAUGCAACAGUGGUGGAUUCAGUCUAAACGGUGAUGGUGAGAACUCCAGUAAUGAUAGGGAGAAUCCCGUUGGUGAUGAUUGUAACGGCGAUGUCGACGAUUGCAAAGACGAGGAGGACGAUGACGAGGAGGACGAUGACGACGUGUGGGGGUCGGACUGCGCCGAUGCUGCAGUGGAGACAAACAGAGACAUUGAGGCCCUCAGACGUCGCCAGGAAAACCGUGGCUACCUUGAGGGGCUCACAAAAGGCAAGGCGGAGGGUUUACAGAAUGGGUUUGAUAUUGGCUAUCCAACAGGAUCGCAGUUGGGCGGGUUGGUUGGUGAGGUUGUUGCCGAGCUGCUCUGGAGAGAGUCAAUUGGACAGAUUGACUCUAGCACGAGACUGCAGGCAAUGGAGGAUUUACGGAUUUCUAAUGUGCUAAGUGCCGAGUAUUUUGAUGUCAACUUCAACAUUGACAAUGUAAGAGAACAUCCGCUAAUUGCAAAAUGGUUGCGCUACUUCAACGGGUUGGAUCGCCAAAAUGCCUAA